AUGGUGGCCAUCCACUACUGCAUCCAUCUGGACCAUCCAGGGUUGCACGGCACUCAUCAGUGAACAAGACUGUUUGAAAAUUAGUCUUCAUGUAGUUCUGGGCCCACUGCAGCCAUUUCUGCUUGUGAGCAUUGGUUAUGGGUGGCCGAAUAGAAGGUUUAUGCACAACUGCAAGUCUCUGGAGGAUCCUACAGCUUGACGUUUGCGGGGCUCCAGAGGCACCUGCAACUUAAAAUAUGUGUUUGCUGCUUUUUAAUGGCCUUUUAGCAGCUGCUCUCUUAAUCUGAUGUAUUUGUCUGGCAGAAACCUUCAUCAUUGUGAUUUGAUUUCAGUGAUCCAAAGAGCUCUCAGACACAAUUCCAUCCUUGAGUUUAAUUGAAAAAUAACUUAUUUAAUCUUUAUGACACUUAAGCAAAAUUUUUAAAAAAAACCCAGAAAAAGGUUCAGAUGUGGAGAUCUGAACCACUUUAACAAGGACUCCUAUUUAGUGAUGAAAAACAGAAGCACGUAUUUAAAAACAGAAGGAACAGAGAAGAAUAAAGUUUUAAUAGCCAAGUUAAUGUUCACACUCAGACCCACAUAUAGCGUGACACACUCAGGCAUGAGGAAGUGUUCAGUUAAACAUUCCUCUGCUAACAGCUGAUGAUUGAGGCAUCACAGAAACUAAUGGAGCUGAACUGACCUGACUGUAUUUAUAGAUCACUAUAAUAUUUCAUAACUUUAAGGUUUUUUAAAAACAUGUCUUUAUGUUUGUAGCUCUGGAUUUAUUACAUGCUGUAAUUGUGAUGUCUGCACGUGAAUUAUGGUCUAUAACUAAAGGCUAAACUCAUAAUUUUGAUGGUAUCAUGAAGUCCUCUUGGACUAUCUGUCUGUCAGCUUUCUGUUGGUGUAGCUGACGUAAAAAUAGUUUUGUGAUGGGAGAUUUCUUUAUUCUAUGUAGUAAUAUGAAUUUUACUUUAGUAAUAGUAGUAUCACUUUGUCACAUAGUUAUAUGCAUAUAUACGAUGUUAUCUCAAGUGGGCCUUAUGUUUAUCACACCUUCACAGUAGGGUCAUUGUAUGUGGGUUACAGACAUAUAGGCACCGCGUAAGGGAGGUGCCGGUUGGUCGUAAUGUCCUUUGGGAUGAAGGGUUUGAGGAUGAGCUGAACUGGGAGGUAUAGAGCUACGUGAUGUGCUGUGGAAUUUCCUUUGUCCAUGAGUUUGGCCAGGUCAUAUGUAAGGCAGCGCCCAUCUUUAGAAACCAUUCUGGUUUGUGACCAGAGCGCUCUCUCCACUGCAGUGUGUAUAAUAAACUCUGCUUCAAAAAGACGCUUACCAGGUGUUUGCAGUUUAUUUAAAGUUUCCACAACAGUUACCUUUCAUAGUUUGUAAUCAUAGUGAUAAAUGUGAGCAGUGCAAAACAAACUGUAAAGAAUAUGGUCAGAAAAAAAGAGCAGAGUCACUUCCUUGCUGUCGGUUCCAGAUGUGUCCAAAACGUGAUCACAGAGGUUCUCUGAUGAGUUAGGAAUGAGACUGUGUUGGCAGAUCAUCUCUACUCUUCUGUGCAAUAAAAAAAUAAUUUAACAUCAUCGUAACCCAGAUAGCUGACUCAUCUGUUCAGAAGUAUUAAAGCUGUUCUUGUGUUUUUGGGUUCUUGAUAAACAGCUUCCUUUCUGUUCUCAGUCAUUCUAUAUCUAGUAUAGUGCUGGAAUGAAUCAUUGAGUAAUUUGAGUAUAAAACAAUCCCUGAUGCAGAUUCUUUGAUGUUUUGUUUAACACAUGGCUCUGUAGUGUGCCCAUGUGUUAAAUGAUGUAAACGUGAGCAUUUCACACACAUUUGCAAGUAAAACAGAGCUACAAUAAAAGUGUAUUUAGGAGCAACCAAUUAAAAAGUCUGACCACAUUAAAGCUACACUAUGGGGCGCCGUUUGUAAAGUGAAACAUGCUGAAAUUAACAUCAACAUCUUUCCACAUUUAGCUCAAAACCUUCAAAAACAUGUUUUUUCGAGUCAUUUUUUACAACAUUUAGUAAAAUAUUUGUAACUUAUUAUGUUAUAUUUAUGUUACUUACCACUGUACAGUGCAUCACUUCAGUAGUUUAGAGGACCAAGGCACAGCAAGACCAACAUCAGGAACAUCAGCAACAAAAAGAAAUGUUACAUCGCUUGUGUUUUGUGAAAAUGAGAAAAGACAAGAAAAAAACAAGUCAUGCUAAACUUAUACAAUAGCAUUAAUAGUAUUUCAGUUAAUGUGCACAUGAAUGAUGUGUGUUUCCUCUGCAGGUGAAGGUAGAAAGUGUGUGUGAGCUGAUGUGGAUGUGAAUUCAGCAGCAUGGAUCAGUGUGAGGACAGCGAGAAGGGAGUCCCUCCCUCUAAAAGCACUCUGUGUGGGGAACAUGAGAGCCAGACCAAAGCUCAGAGCAACCAGCCUGGACCUCCACCCAGCUCUGUGUCCUUAAAGAGUGACCGGUCUAAAGGGCAUCCCAAUAAUUUUAAAGACCAGCAGGCAUCUGCUGCAGAGAGGACUGGAUUUUAUAUUCCUGACGGAAACUUGGCUUCGACCCAAGUGGGCCAGGACAGCUCAGAGUUUCCCAGUGGUCAGUCUGCCCAGCAGCAUCAAACACACCUGGAUUCCAUAUUUAUGCUGCUGGAGGACAAUAUCAUCAUAUUUGUAAAGAACGAGCUGAAGAAGAUCCAAAAGGUUCUGAGUCCAGAUUACCCAGAAUGCAUAGAGAAUAAGAUUGUGAAUGAGGAGGUUUUGAAGGGUGAGGAUGAUGAGCAGAGGAGCAGCAGAGAGGCAUUUGUGAAGAUCACAUUGCAUUUCCUAAGGAAACUGAAGCAGGAGGAGCUGGCUGACCGUCUGCAGAGCACAAUUUGUAAAUGUAAACUUAAAACAAAGUUGAAGAAGAAGUUCCAGUGUGUGUUUGAGGGGAUCGCUAAAGCAGGAAGCCCAACCCUUCUGAAUCAGAUCUACACAGAGCUCCACAUCACAGAGGGAGGGACUGCAGAGGUCAAUGAUGAACAUGAGGUCAGAAAGACUGAAACAGCAUCCUGGAAACCAGACAGACCAGAAACAACAAUCAGACAAGAAGACAUUUUUAAAGCCUCACCUGGAAGAGACGAACCAAUCAGAACAGUGCUGACAAAGGGAGUGGCUGGUGUUGGGAAAACAGUCUUAACACAGAAAUAUACCCUGGACUGGGCUGAAGACAAAGCCAACGAGGACAUCCAGUUCAUAUUUCCAUUCCCUUUCAGGGAGAUGAAUAUACUGAAAGAGAAAAAGUUCAGCCUGGUGGAACUUGUUCAUCACUUCUUUACUGAAACCAAAGAAGCAGGAAUCUUCAACUUUGAAGACUUCCAGGUUGUGUUCAUCUUUGAUGGACUAGAUGAGUGUCAACUUCCUCUGGACUUCCACAAAACUGAAAUCCUAACUGACCCUAGAAAGUCCACCUCAGUGGAUGUGCUGCUGACCAACCUCAUCAGGGGGAAACUGCUUCCCUCUGCUCACCUCUGGAUAACCACACGACCUGCAGCAGCCAAUCAGAUCCCUCCUGACUGUGUGGACAUGGUGACAGAGGUCAGAGGGUUCACUGACCCACAGAAGGAGGAGUACUUCAAAAAGAGAUUCAGAGAUGAGGAGCAGGCCAGCAGGAUCAUCUCCCACAUCAAGACAUCACGAAGUCUCCACAUCAUGUGCCACAUCCCAGUCUUCUGCUGGAUCACUGCUACAGUUCUGGAGGAUGUGCUGGAAACCAGUGAGGGAGGACAGCUCCCCAAGACCCUGACUGAGAUGUACAUCCACUUCCUGGUGGUUCAGGCCAAAGUGACGAAGGUCAAGUAUGAUGGAGGAGCUGAGACAGAUCCACACUGGAGUCCAGAGAGCAGGAAGAUGAUUAAGUCUCUGGGAAAACUGUCUUUUGAUCAGCUGCAGAAAGGAAACCUGAUCUUCUAUGAAUCAGACCUGUCAGAGUGUGACAUCGAUAUCAGAGCAGCCUCAGUGUACUCAGGUGUUUUCACACAGAUCUUUAAAGAGAAGAGAGGACUGUACCAGGACAAGGUGUUCUGCUUCAUCCAUCUGAGUGUUCAGGAGUUUCUGGCUGCUCUUCAUGUCCAUCUGACCUUCAUCAACUCUGGAUCUUUCUUUUUUAAAAAGAAAAGUAGUAUAAAGUAUCUCCACCAGAGUGCUGUGAACAAGGCCUUACAGAGUCCAAAUGGACACCUGGACUUGUUCCUCCGUUUCCUUCUGGGUCUUUCAUUGCAGACCAAUCAGGCUCUCCUACGAGGUCUGCUGACACAGACAGGAAGUAUCUCACAGACCAAUCAUGAAACAGUCGAGUACAUCAAGAAGAAGCUCAGUGAGAAUCUGUCUGCAGAGAAAAGCAUCAAUCUGUUCCACUGUCUGAAUGAACUGAACGAUCAUUCGCUAGUGGAGGAGAUCCAACAGUUCCUGAGUUCAGGAAGUCUCUCCACAGAUAAACUGUCUCCUGCUCAGUGGUCAGCUGUGGUCUUCAUCUUGCUGUCAUCAGAAAAAGAUCUGGAUGUGUUUGACCUGAAGAAAUACUCUGUUUCAGAGGAGGCUUUUCUGAGGCUGAUGCCAGUGGUCAAAACCUCCAACAAAGCUCUACUGAGUCACUGUAACCUUUCAGAGAAAGCCUGUGAAGCUCUGUCCUCAGUUCUUAGCAUGGGGUCCUCUAGUUUGAGAGAGCUGGACCUGAGUAACAACAACCUGAAGGAUUUGGGAUUGAAGCUUCUGUCUAUUGGUCUGGAGAGUCCAUACUGCAAACUUGAAACUCUCAGUCUGUCAGGCUGUUUGAUCACAGUGGACGGAUGUGCUUCUCUGGCAUCAGCCCUGAGUUCUUCCCACUCCCAUCUGAGAAAGUUGGACCUGAGCUACAAUCAUCCAGGACACUUGGGAAUGAAGCUGUUGUUGCCUGAACAGAAGAAUCCAUCCUGGAAACUGGAAACUCUCAGGGUGGAGCCUGCUGGAGUCCGAUGGUUGAGACCAGGUCUGAGGAAGUAUUCCUGUCAACUCACGAUAGAUACAAAUACAGUACACACAAACCUCAAACUGUCUGACAACAAAAGAAAGGUGACACAUGUGGAGGAGGUUCAUUUAUAUCCUGAUCAUCCAGACAGAUUUGAUGUUCAUCCUCAGCUGCUGUGUAGAAAUGGUCUGACUGGUCGCUGUUACUGGGAGGUUGAGUGGAAAGGAGAUGUUGACAUAUCAGUGACUUAUAGAAAAAUCAGAAGGAAAAGUGGCAGUGAUAACUGUUCAUUUGGAUGGAAUGAUCAAUCCUGGAGUCUCAGCUGCUCCGAUGAUGGUUACUCUGUCUGUCACAAUAACAGAGAAACAUCCAUAUCCUCCUCCUUCUCCUCCUCCUCUGUCUCUAACAGAGUAGCAGUGUAUGUGGACUGUCCUGCUGGCACUCUGUCCUUCUACAGAGUCUCCUCUGACACUCUGAUCCACCUCCACACCUUCAACACCACAUUCACAGAACCUCUUUGUCCUGGAUUUAGAGUGUGGUUUCCUGGUUCCUCAGUGUUUGUUUGCAGAGAAUAAUCUAAAGAGUGUCCUCGUGCCUCUUUAGAGAAACACUUUGACUGUUGAACAGAUAGUUCAGUCUGUACAUGUCUGUCUGUUUCACUCAGAAACACGUUUUCAGAUUCAUGGAUAAAGAUGGAAGCUUUGAUUAUUCCAGGAUCCACAUGUUUUUCUGUUGUUUUUCUGAUUUUUUCCACUUAAAGCUUCACAGUGAAUAUCAGUAUGUUGUGUUUCUCUGAAGCUCAGUUCACAACAAGCUCCUCUGCAUUUUUAACAAGUCUGAACUCAUUAAAAAUAAUCUGCUAUGAUAUAAAAAAUGAAGUCAGUUUAAGGUAGAAUGUUAUUUUAGAUUUCUUAGAUAUUAAUUAUGAAAUUGUAACUCACGUGAGCCACCUUAAAAUCACUGUAGUCUGUGAUAGGAAAAGAUGUCAUUAGUAGACAGGAUGUUAGCCAGUGAAUUUGAGGAGAAGGGCUGUGCUCAGCUAGUUAAAUCCAGCAGCAUCCACUUACAUCUUAUACUUUUUGUGGCUGCCGUCAUCAGUGGUAAUACAGUUUAAGGUAAUUUCAUGUUUUUAAGUUACAAUAAAUACGUUAAGAAUACUUUAUUUUUAAUAAAUCAGAUUGUAAUGUACAGUGGUCCUUCGUUUAUUGCGGGUGUUAUGUUCUAAAAAUAACCCGCAAAGGUUAGGUGAAAAAGUAGCCAACUUUAUUUUUUACAAUUAUUAUAGAUGUUUUCAGGUUGUAAAACCCCUCACUACACACUUUAUACACUUUUCUCACACAGGCAUGAACAUUUUCACACUUUUCUCUCUUGUUUAAACACUCUCAAAGUUCAAACCUUUGUAGAAAAAUAAGUCCAAUAUCAUAAAAUGAAAGCACCUGCGAGAGAAUUCAACAUCAAUCAAUCAUUAAUAAAUCAAUGAAUCAGAAGUCCAGGUUUUUGUGCGAUGGUUAUCUUCCUCUGCCUUUUGGGUGCUACCGCAGGUGCCUUUGAUGGUGCAAAACGUUUGGUCGACACUGUUUUUGUUGGGGAGAAAAGUACAGAAAUUCAGAGUCACACUGCUAGCGAUCGAUGUAGCGAUUCUGUACUGUACAGGAGAGACGGCACGGAGGAGAUUGACAAUGGUCUACAGCCGAUCAGGACACAGAACACAAUGCGCUGUAAAAAACAAACAAACAAAAAAAAAGCAUGCAAAAUUGCACACAAAAAAAUCUGCGAAACAGCAAGGCGGCGGAAGGUGAACCAUGUUAUAGCGAGGGACCACUGCAUACAUUUUUGGAUUUACACCACACAUUUAAUGGAUGUUUCCAGGGUGAAACCAAUGUUCAGUCUGUUGUUUGGGGUUGACAAUAUUUUCAGUUACACGCCACUCUCGGUAGAGGGCAGCAUGCUUUCUUUUCUCAGUCGGUGGUGGAGAUUUAGAGAUGCAUGCAACAAAGUUUUCCGGUUGUGGGGAAAGAGUGUGCACUGCAAGAUGUGUUUUCAUUAACCCCUUCAAAUUAAUCUGGCCAAAGAGGUUUGCAAUUUGUAUUUUAUAUGUUGGUAGAAAAAUUAGAUGUUUGUUUGUGACAGAACUGUCAAGUUUAUGUUAGUUGCGUGUAAUAUGUUAACAUUUUGUAAAGAUCAGUGUAUAUGUUAUUGAAUAAUAUACUUUAUUCUCUAUGAGAACAGCUUAUUGUGAAAAUUGAUUAUUUUAUGUUGUUUGUACAGUUCUAAUGGCAUUGUUGGUGGCACCUGUGUCCAGUAAAUGCCAGUAAAAAUCAAGAAUGCCUUGUGUCCGUUUUUCAACUUGGAGGGAGUUACACCUUUGCUAGCAUUGUUGUUAUAUAAAGACUUGUUUUAUUUUUUAUGUGCAUGUAUGGAUUAUUUUCUUUGAAGUACGGUUAUUUUUUCUAAGUAUAAUGAUAAAAACAAUCUCCUACGAUUGAAGCAGUUCAUUAGAGCAAGAGUUGUUAAAAUCAUAAUUUAAUAUUUAUAUGUGAGCUAGAAAGGGAAGUCAUUCAUAUGCAUAUUUUAGGAAGAUAUGCUGACUUGUAAUAAAAAGUAGUUAAUAUAUUUUCAUCAUUUUAUCUGUACAUGGUGAAUAUGUAAAAGUGAUUAUGCCUUGGACUGUAUGGUGCAGUUUCACCUUCCCCUGUGUCAUUAAACCUGUGAACAGAUG